AUGGCAGCUUCUUCUUCUUCAUCCAAAGUGAGUUUAAAGCUGUUAAUAGAUACCAAAAACCAAAGGGUCCUUUUUGCUGAAGCUGGAAAAAAUGUUGUAGAUUUCCUCUUCCACAUCUUAACUCUACCCAUGAGCACUGUCAUUAGGCUUCUCACCAAGCAAAAAACGGUGGGCAUUAAUGAAGCUUUAGACUUGCUGAAGACUUCCCUGUCGUUCAACACUGUUCUUACUACUGUCUUCUUGAAGAAGGUUACCACCGGCAAAUGUAGUACAACUAGUAAUUCAGCAUUUAGCCAGCUGCGCUACGUUAAAAACGGAGGAAGUACUUCCAAAAUCAGCUUAAAACUUUUGGUGGAUACCAAAAGUAAAAGGGUUUUGUUUGCUGAAGCUGGCAAAGAUGCAGUUGAUUUCCUGUUCCACAUAUUGACUUUGCCAAUGGGUACUGUCAUUAGGCUUCUCACAGAGGAAAAAAUGGUGGGAUGUAUAGGAAACCUUUAUGAAAGCAUUGAAAAUCUUUGCGAAACAUACAUUCAGGCAAACCAAACGAGGAAGUCCUUCUCAAACCAAUUUCCCCGAACGGUGGCAAGCGGCGGAGCAGUGGAGGCGGAGGGGGGAUAUGUGAAGGGAGUGGUGACUUAUAUGGUGAUGGAUGAUUUGGUGGUGAAGCCAAUGUCCACUAUAUCAAGCAUUGCUCUUCUGAAUAAGUUCAAUGUGAAGGAAGUUGGAGCCCUUGAAGAAAAAGCAGUGGAUCUAGGCAUCAAUGAGGCACUGAAGUUGCUGAAAACAUUAUUGUCAUCCAAGACUGUUCUUAGCAGUAAUAAUUCAUUGCUAGCUUAUUUGUUUUACGGAAGCUGGGCAAAAUUUUUUAUUAUUAAAGUAUUAUGCAACUGGCCAGUUGCAUACCAUGGUCUCCAAAAGGACCAUUAUCAUCAAUUUGGAUUAGAAUCGAAAGAGUCCAAGCCCUGUUCCUCCCCCCCCCCCCAUGAGGAAUUAAAUAUUUUUGUCCUUAAUUAUCAAAAAAUAACUUGUAUCUUCUAUCUUUUCCAUUUCAUUUUCGACUCAGGCAUUUGCAAGAGGCAAAAUGAUUGCAAAGUUGUGUGGACAAAUUGUGGUUGUCUUAUGUCGAGUAAGAUGACAUAUUUCUCUUCUCCGGCGACGAACAACCCGACAGCAACGGGUGGAAAUGCUGUCGCGGAGGCUGGAGAAGGCGGAUUUGUGAAAGGAGUACUGGUGACUUACAUGGUGAUGGAUGACUUGGAGGUGAAACCAAUGUCUACCAUUUCAAGUAUUGCUCUUCUUAUCAAUUUCAAUGUGAAAGAAGUUGGAGCACUUCAAGAGAAAGUGGUUGAUUUAGGCCUAAAUGAGACAUCUCUGUCGUCCAAGACUGUUCUUACCACUGUGUUCUUGAAGAAGGGCGUGCCAUGGGCAAGUGAUUUCAUCGCUUCAUGA